AUGACUUGUCUCCUGCUCCUCACAGCUUUAGCUGUCUUCUGUGGCUCCUGUCAAGCUGCUACCGAUUGUUACACAAUUGUCGGCCGUACUGCCGUCUACAGUGGUACAACGUCCGUCACAACAAACAACCACACCUGCCAGGACUGGUCAUCGCAGUCUCCAAACACACACGGCUACAUCGACAGCUACUUCACCAUCACCAACGGAGACGCCGGUCCUGGCCAUGCAGGUGCUUCCAACUACUGCCGAGAUCCUUGGGGAGGUAGCAAGAGAGUUUCCGGUUAUCUGUGGUGUUACGUUGCUAGUGGCAAUCCAAGAUGGGAGAAAUGUGACGUUCCCAAAUGUCCUGACACCACCACUGCUGCUGCAACAACCACCUCUUCCGUAACAACCACUGCUUCCACUACAACUGCUUCCGUAACAACCACUGCCGCCGCUACAACUGCUUCUGCAACUACUGCUGCCGCAACAACAACUGCUUCUGCAACCACAACCGCUGCCGUGACCACCACUGCUUCUGCAACCACAACGGCUGCUGCUGCUACAACUGGCGCAUCUGCAGCGGAUUGCUACACAAUUGUCGGCCGUACUGCCGUCUACAGUGGUACAACGUCCGUCACAACAAACAACCACACCUGCCAGGACUGGUCAUCGCAGUCUCCAAACAGACACGGCUACAUCGACAGCUAUUUCACCAUCACCAACGGAGACGCCGGUCCUGGCCAUGCAGGUGCUUCCAACUACUGCCGAGAUCCUUGGGGAGGUAGCAAGAGACCUUCCGGUUAUCUGUGGUGUUACGUUGCUAGUGGCAAUCCAAGAUGGGAGAGAUGUGACGUUCCCAAAUGCCCUGACACUACGGCUAUUUGAACUACAACAACCCCUGCCACACCAACAUCUUCAACGGUUAGAUCAGAGAUGUUUAAAAGAAUCCAAGGUGAAGAGUGAUGAUCAAAGCACCUUUUGACAUUUGACCAUUCUCAUAAAGUAAUUACUCUAAAUGAAAAGGU